GGCAUCCCUCUGCCCAUCCAGACCUUCCUAUGGAGGCAAACCAGUGCAUUUUUAAGACCAAAACUGGGGAAACAAUAUGAGGCUUCCUGUGUGUCUUUUGAAAGAGUUUUAGUAGAGAACAAGCUGCAUGGCCUUUCUCCAGCUCUCUCUGAAGCCAUCCAGAGCAUUUCUCGCUGGGAACUUGUCCAGGCUGCGCUCCCGCAUGUGCUGCACUGCACCGCAACAUUGCUGUCCAACCGAAACAAGCUAGGACAUCAGGAUAAACUUGGAGUAGCAGAAACAAAGCUCCUUCACACUCUUCACUGGAUGCUGCUGGAGGCCCCUCAGGACUGCAGCAAUGACCGAUUUGGAGGAGACAGAGGCUCUAGUUGGGGAGGGAGCAGCAGUGCCUUUAUCCACCAGGCUGAAAACCAGGGAUCACCAGGACAUCCCCGGCCCAGUGCCACAAAUGAUGAGGAGGAGAAUAACAGAAGGAAGUUCUUCCAGAACUCCAUGGCCACAGUGGAGCUCUUUGUGUUCCUUUUUGCUCCCCUUGUCCACAGGAUUAAAGAGUCUGACCUGACGUUUCGUUUGGCUAGUGGCCUUGUGAUUUGGCAGCCUAUGUGGGAACACAGGCAGCCUGAAGUUUCUGCCUUCAACGCCCUUGUAAAACCGAUCAGGAACAUCGUUACAGCUAAGAGAAGUUCUCCCACCAACAAUCAGAGCCUGACUUGUGAAUCCCCUAAUCUAGACAGUGGACAUACCGAGGGACUACAGGUGGUCUGUGAGACAGCCCAACCAGAUUCUGUACCUCCAAAGGCCACUGUUUCAGCCUGUCAUCGUGGAAAUUCCUUGGAUGGAAGCGUAUCCUCCCAAACCUCUCAGGAGAGAGGUACUGCGUAUCCCAGGGUGUCCCUGGUGAUCCCACCGUGCCAGAAGUCUCGCUAUGCCACAUACUUCGAUGUGGCAGUGCUGCGCUGCCUGCUGCAGCCACAUUGGUCUGAGGAGGGCACACAGUGGUCACUAAUGUACUACCUGCAGAGGCUGAGGCAUAUGCUACAGGAAAAGCCGGAGAAACCCCCUGAGCCAGAGAUCACCCCUUUACCAAGACCUCGCAGCAGCUCCAUGGUGGCUGCUGCACCCUCUCUGGUGAAUACCCACAAAACUCAGGAUCUUACAAUGAAAUGUAAUGAGGAAGAAAAAUCACUAAGCGCAGAGGCAUUUUCUAAGGUUUCACUGACCAACUUGCGUAGACCAGCAGUUCCAGAUCUCUCCACAGACCUGGGAAUGAACAUCUUCAAAAAGUUUAAGAGCCGCAAAGAGGACAGGGAGCGUGAGCGCAAGGGAUCAAUUCCUUUCCACCAUACUGGGAAGAAGCGGCAGCGAAGGAUAGGGGUGCCGUUCCUCCUCCAUGAGGAUCAUUUGGAUGUCUCGCCCACUCGCAGCACUUUCUCUUUCGGCAGUUUCUCUGGAAUCGGAGAGGACCGGCGUGGUAUUGAGAGAGGAGGAUGGCAAACCACCAUAUUAGGAAAGUUUACCAGACGAGGGAGCUCUGACACAGCAACGGAGAUGGAGAGCCUGAGCGCCAGGCAUUCACACUCUCAUCACACGCUGGUCUCUGAUCUGCCAGACCACUCAAACAGCCAUGGGGAGAACACAGUCAAAGAAGUGCGGUCCCAGAUCUCCACCAUCACUGUGGCCACCUUCAACACUACCCUGGCCUCAUUCAAUGUGGGCUAUGCUGAUUUCUUCAGUGAGCACAUGAGGAAGAUUUGCAACCAGGUGCCUAUCCCUGAGAUGCCCCAUGAGCCGCUCGCAUGUGCCAACCUCCCACGGAGCCUGACAGACUCCUGCAUCAAUUACAGUUGCUUGGAGGAUACGGAUCACAUUGAUGGAACCAACAACUUUGUCCACAAGAACGGCAUGCUGGAUCUCUCGGUGGUCCUGAAGGCUGUUUACUUGGUCCUGAACCACGACAUCAGUUCCCGUAUUUGCGAUGUGGCACUGAACAUUGUGGAGUGCUUACUUCAGCUUGGCGUGGUGCCCUGUGUAGAGAAGGUUCGGAGGAAGAGUGAGAACAAAGAAAAUGAGUUAAUGGAGCUGGAGAUGGAGGAGAAGAAGGAGGUGGUGGAAGUGGUGGAAGAGGUGGAGGUGGAAGUGAUGGAGGUGGUGGAGGAGGAGGAGGACCAUAUGAGAAGAAUGACAAAAAACAAGAGAAGGUUUGUCUUGCUUCCCUUUAUACAAUUCCUGGAUGAUGAAGGCCCAUCUGUCAGCACCCAUAGGCUGGCACUCACAAUGCUGAUCAAAAUUGUGAAGUCCCUGGGUUGUGCCUAUGGUUGUGGAGAAGGACACCGAGGGCUCUCUGGAGAUCGCCUGAGACACCAGGUAUUCCGGGAGAAUGCUCAGAACUGCCUCACAAAGCUGUACAAACUGGAUAAGAUGCAGUUCCGGCAGACCAUGAGGGAUUAUGUGAACAGGGAUUCUCUCAAUAAUGUAGUGGAUUUCCUGCAUGCUUUACUGGGAUUCUGCAUGGAGCCAGUCACUGACAACAAGGCUGGAUUUGGGAAUAACUUCACCACAGUGGACAAGUCUACAGCCCAGAGUGUAGAAGGCAUUAUUGUGAGUGCCAUGUUCAAGUCAUUGAUCACUCGCUGUGCUUCCACCACACAUGAGCUGCACAGCCCAGAAAACCUG